AUGGGAUCUUAUAGUGGAUCAAGAUGUCCAGGCCGGUGUGCACCAACCGGCGGCAGCUACAGCUCGACCAACAGCGACGCCUCGGAUCGGUCGAAAAGUACCGCCCCGACGAUCUACAGCGAUAGGCCCACAUCUAAGCGAUACGCAGAGGCGGAUCGUUUCGCCGAGGACCAGGACCCCAAGGACUCCGUCUCAACCUACGCUUCUACGAUCCCAUCGGUCGAUGACGACGACGUACCAGAGGAGCCCCAGUAUGAGGUGGUAGAUCGAAGGCCGGAAAUCUAUGCCACCGAUGCGAUCCCGUCCCAUCCAUCCACGUUUGCAGACUUGUUCCCAUCAUCCCGACGGCUGCUGAUUCGCCACGAUGAUGCGACUCUGGAUGGUAAUAUGAACCUUCGGGUCGACACGCUAGUGCCGCGGAGAGGUGGCUACCAACAAGAUGUAAUCUUAUUCCAUCUCCGCAUGUAUGACCUGUUCUCGAGAAAGUUCUCGUUGCGACGCUACUGCCGGGACUCCGGUCGUGAAGUGUGUCACUCGGAACGGAGGCCGCGGUCAUCCAGUAUUGAUAAGAGACCCAUCCUUCAGCGCUCCUGGAGCAGUGUGUUGGCAGGUUUGCGGCCGGGGUCGAGUGGGAAUGGAUCGAUAACUAGCGCCGAACAUAAGCGCCACGACUCGGGCUACAACUCGAUCAGGGACGGCGAGGGCACAUUAGAUGAUGCAACACCGGACGCCAAGGACGGCCCCAGUCGUCCAGUUGCCCUCGGCGACACCACACUGCUAGAGUUUUCUAAUUAUGCCCAUGUAGAGGUCCGCAGGCGAGGCGCGGGGCUACCCAAACGGUACGACUUUGAAUACUGGUCCACCAAGUACCAGUGGAAGAAGGAAUGCCGGAAAGAAGGAGAUCUGCGCGAAGUAUCAUACCACCUCAUCAACACGAAAACAUCCAAAGUGAUUGCCCACAUUGUUCCCGAGAUCCUGACGCCAAUGGAGGCUGUCGAGGAAGAAAGCAAGGGUGGUUGGGUACCUCCGUCCUCGAUGUGGAUCAGUGACUCCUCCGUGUAUGAGACUAUGCAUGACGUUGCCGAUGUGAUAAUUGCUACAGGGUUAAUCGUUCUCGUCGACGACUGCAUCCGACGGCGAUGGCACUCGAAACGUCAUGCCCAAUCUAACACGCACACGAGGAAACACUCUUUCACCAAAAGUAUCGAGUUCAUGGCACCCAUGCGUCUUAUCGAUGAAGUGUUCCAUCGCCGAGGAUCAGCCUGA